AUGGAGUAUGAGUUCCGUCGUGGUAGCAAAGCGGCAGAAAGGGCACGCAACAUCAACGACGUUUACGAUGCAAACACUACUAACGAUCGUACCACCCGUUAUUGGUUUGCUCGCUUUUGUUCCGGAAAUUUUGACUUAAGAAAUGAACCACGUGGUCGGCCGAAAAUAUUGGUCGACAAUGACGAAUUAAAGGCGAUUGUAGAGAAGCUCGACAAAUGGGUGCCUCACGAAUUUAAUGAACGCCAGCGCGAAAUACGCGCCGAGACAUGCCUUGCACUGCUCAACAGACAUGCAAAUGAAGGCAUAUUGAAUGGCAUUGUUUUUUAUGACGAAAAAUGGAUUCUAUUCGACAAUCACAAGUGCUCAGCCAGUUGGUUAGAUCCUGGUUCCGUACCUAAACAAUGUCCUAAACGAAAAAUGAUUUUUAAGAAAGUGAUGGUAGCUGUUUGGUGGUCUAGCGCUGGUGUAAUUCGUUACAGUUUCUUACCAAACGGCAUGAGCACUACUUCAGAUAUAAAUUGUGAAGAACUAAACACAAUAAUGGGGAAGCUCGCACGUCUCCAACCAGUUUUGGUCAAUCGCUCGGCUCCGCUGCUCCUACACGACAACGCACGACCUCGUACUGCACAGUAG